AAGAAGAAGGCGUGUAUGCUGUUUCCGCUUCGUGUUGGCCUUGUCCUUGGUAAAUAUCGUCUUUGGAAGGUUUCACCUGAUCGACCAUAUCACCAUUGACAGAAAUGGUUUCAUACUGGCGGCAAGCUGGGCUCAGCUACAUUAGAUACUCGGCGAUCUGCGCCAGAGUCGUGCGGUCAGCGCUGAAACCUCAGCUCAGAACAGAAGCGAUCAAAAACGCAGAAGCUAACGUGAAGGUCACGAAACUGAAGACGGCUUAAUGAGCAGACACAAAGCCUGGAGUUCCCGGUUGGAGAAUCGACUCACAGAACAUAGUUUCAAUGCAGAAAACUUGAGUAAAUGUACCACGUGUGUUCUCUUGAUAAUAAAUUAUGAUUGACUUGUCAA